UUCUGAUUUGCAGGUUUGCGACCAUCUGAUGAAAAUUCGAUAUGUCAAUGCUAAAUACGCCGGAGCCAAUCACGACUCGCAUGUUUGUAGUGUGUGUGGAAUAGAUGACUUUUUCUCUGAAAAACAUUACCGUGGAGAAGCUGGAUUUAAAGUAUUAGGUUAGAAAAAGCAAUAGCACCGUAUUUGUGAAUGUUUAUGACAUAUAUUUACUAUACAGCCGACGCUACUUACCCAUCAAAGCCAUGGUUAGUUACACCAAAACGUAACCCUUCUCCAAGCACACCAGAGGCUGCCUUCAAUAAAAACCAUGCAAUGGGCAGGAAAAUAGUGGAGCGUACAAUUGGCUUGCUGAAAAACAAAUUUCGAUGAUUGUUAGGUGCUCGACAGCUGCAUUACACACCGAUAAAAGUAUCUCAAAUCACAAACGUAUGUUGUGCUUUACACAACAUGUGUAUUGCGCAUAACUUAGAUGGACCAAGUGAAUAAAUAUAUUACAAAUUGAACAAAACACAAUAGGUAUUCUUUAGAGUGUCUGGCUAUAUUAUUAUCACAAUCGUUCCGUAAUCUACAGUUUAGUUCACAUCAGUUCAGUUCUUAAAAAAUUCAUGAAACCUUAUGUAAUCAGUAUUUCGAAACUCACAGGAGUAACCCUGCUUCGAAAAAACGAUAAGAGCGAUAGGACCGAAGUAGCGCGGUGAGAAAAGGGAUUAGUAAAACAGCGAUAGCAAGCGAAGGACGUGUGUACGAUAUUUAGCUCCAAAAAUAAAUUUUACUGUUACAAGCUGUAGACAGGAUCGUCUAAUAAAGUGCAAGCGAUAAGUGCGUUAGUGUACAAGCGUGUUAGUGUGUAUCACGAGUACAAUGAGUGAUAGUGAAGGAGAAGAUUUUGCACCAGCUACAACCUCAGCGUUUGUAGCCGAUCGGAAGAGAAAGGAUAACGACGAAGUGGCGUCAUUGAAGAAAAUGGUGGAAGAGCUUCAGCUACAACUCUUGCAAACCAAGCUAACGAGUGGUGAACGGGAGGAGAAAGUGGUGACCGAAGCAAAACACGAGGUGAAGAUGGUGACCAGUGACGCGUUGAUAGGGAGAAUCCCGAACGUAAGGGAGCUACGAGAGGUCAUAACCCCGUUUGACCCCAAGGACACGAACUGUCCAGACGCCGUAAUGUGGUUAGCGAAUUUCGACGAGACCGGCGAGGUAUACGGUUGGUCGGAGGCGGUGAAGCUGCACUGCGCACGGCUCAGCUUAGGUGGAUGCGCCAAAUUGUGGUGGGAAGGUGUCCGAAGUGAAACCAAGACAUGGCAGGGUUUCAAGAUCGCGUUGGAGGCCGGAUUCCCAGCGUCACGAAACCAAGCGUACUACCAUAACUGGAUGGCGUCGAGAAAAUGGCGUACCGGAGAAACGCCAACCGAAUAUACGUACGCCAUGUUAGCAAUGGGACGUAAAGGCGGAUUCAGCGAGGAAACGACCAUGUGCUACAUUGUGAACGGGCUAAGCGAAAUGUGGCGCCGAGCAAGAGUGACGGUGGGACGUGUUACGACCAUCACCGAGUUACUGAAGGAGAUCUCCUGGGUGGAAGGCGUUGAAGCAGUAGCGGCGCAAGCUCGCGGCACGCGGGCGGACAGAGAGUCAGGGGGGAGACAACGGUGCUUCACGUGUGGUUCGUCUGAGCACGUUGCUCGAGACUGUGGCCAGAUCAGAGGCAUACAGGGCAGUGAAACGAGGCAGGGAGACGGAAAUAAUCGUAAUGGUACUAGGCAGAGAUUACGAUGCUACACCUGCAACGAUGUAGGACACAUAUCUACAGAUUGCCCUCAACGCUUAGGAAAUCCGAGAGGCGAGAUGCGCAGGGCAGGAAACACGGUGAUCCAAAAGCAAGGGCAAAGAUUUCACGUGAACACGGUGCAGGAAGAAGAAGAAAGUGUUCAAAAGGAGGCUUUACCGGAACACCACGAAGCGUAAAAGGAGUUUUGUACGGAUUCGGAGGAGCAAGGGUCGCGGUAAAAACGAAGCUAGGAAUGAAAUUACGGUUGGAUGAUGUAGAAUUGGAAGCAGAGCCAUGGGUGGUACCAGACGAGGCACAGCCAGUAGACAUGAUCGUAGGACGAGAUGUCAUGGUACAACCAGGAGUAGUUGUCACGUUUCGGGAUGGACAAGUAACAUUCAGCAAGGAGGCAACAAAAAUGGAAAAGGAAGAAAUGAAUCAAAGGGCGGAGAACAAAUCCAAAAAUCAAGCUGCGAUAGUAGAUGACGAAAUAGAUAUGGAUGGGGAUAUGAACACGAAACAAGAGAUCGUCAGGUUAAUCAACGAAUAUAGAGAUUGUUUCGCAAAAGAGAUGAAAGAAUUAGGAACGGCAAAUGGAACAGAAAUGAAGAUAGAGCUUACGGGGCAUGGUCCAGUUUACGUUAAACCGAGAAAAUUGCCAUACGCACGUGAAACAGUAGCCAAAGAAAUAAUUACGGAACUACUACAAAACGACAUAAUCGAAGCGUCGAUCUCUCCUUACAAUAGUCCGAUAGUGUUAGUUCAAAAGAAAAAUGGAAAGUGGCGCAUGGCCGUGGACUAUAGAGAACUAAACGCGAGAACCGUCAAGGAUCGUUACCCACCACCCGAAAUGGAGAGAUGUCUCAAUGCACUCAUUGGAUCAAAUGUGUUCAUUACGUUAGACCUGUAUUCGGGGUACUAUCAAAUACCAGUAGAACAAUCAUGCAGGGAGAAAACAGCUUUUUCGACACCUGAUGGUCACUUCCAAUUUAAAAGAAUGCCUUUCGGGCUAGUUAAUAGUGGAGCUGUGUUUCAGCGGGCGAUCGACAAAAUGGUGAAAGGGAUAGGGCAAAACAGAAUAGUAGCGUAUGUAGAUGAUAUUAUCAUUGGCGCUCGUACAGUGUAUGAGGGGCUAGAGCUAUUGGAUAAACUGCUAACAGAGAUACGGAAACACGGGUUUACGAUAAAUCUGAAGAAAAGCCAAUUCAUGAAAACGAAUGUAGAAUGCCUGGGCGUCGAACUUUCAAAAAACGGUAUCCAACCCGGAACGGAGAAAUGUAGAGCAAUAACAGAGUUCCCCACUCCCAAUGACAGCAAACAAGUGCAAAGAUUCCUCGGGCUAGCAGGAUAUUUUAGAAAAUUUGUAGAGAGAUUCAGCAUCAUAGCAAGACCGUUACACGCGCUGACUAGGAACGAAACGGAUUUUAAAUGGGGCAAACAAGAGGAACAGGCAUUUCGAAUCCUGAAAGAGAAACUAACAGAAAGACCCUUACUGGCCUUAUAUGAUCGGGAAGCAAAUGUAGAAUUACAUACGGAUGCUUCCAAGGAAGGGUUGGCAGGAAUAUUGAUGAUCGAGAACGCGGGACAAUGGAAACCGGUUAGCUAUUUUAGCCGAAAAACUACAGACUUAGAAAGCAGUUAUCACAGUUUCGAUUUAGAAGUUUUAGCGGUAGUAGCCAGUGUAGAAAGAUUUCGACAGUAUCUGCUCGGACGACCCUUUGUGGUAAAGACGGAUUGUAGCGCGGUCAGGGACACAUACGUCAAACGCGAAAUGAACGCUAGGAUUGCAAGAUGGUUCCUAAAACUACAAGAGUACAACUUCCGCAUUGCGCAUAGCGUAGGGAAGAGCAUGGGGCACGUAGAUGCCCUCAGUCGCGGUGCAGUUGAAUCACCCGAAGCGGAGCCAACAGUGGCAGAAAAAAUAUUAGCGAUAGAAGCAGAUACUGAGGAUUUUCUAGCAUCUAUGCAGAGGCAGGAUGAAAAGAUAGCUAGCAUCAUGGAAAGAUUACAAAAUCCAGUCACCAACGAUGCAGAAAAACAAAUCCACGAUAAUUAUAGGCUGGAACAACAGAGGCUUAUGAGAAGGGUAGAGGGGGAAUCCAAAUGGGUAGUACCGGUCAGAGUACGAUGGAGGAUAGUACGCGCAUACCACGAUGAAAUGGGUCAUUUCGGAGUAGAUCGAGUACUAGAAACGCUAAGAAAAAGGUUCUGGUUCCCGAAGAUGCGAAAAUACGUACAGGGGUACAUAGAAGCAUGCCCGAAGUGUGCGUAUAAUAAAAAGAAGACAGGGCGACCAGAAGGGUAUAUGCACCCAAUACCAAAGGAGCCAGUACCGUUCCAUACAGUACACAUGGACCAUUUAGGUCCUUUCGUGAAAUCAGCUAGGGGGAAUCAAUACUUACUCGUAAUGAUAUGCGGGUACUCGAAGUUUGCGAUACUGAAAGCAGUGAGUUCAACAAAAACAGGGCCAGUAAUGCGGUUUUUGGAAGAAGUAGCGGCAAUUUUUGGAACACCAAGCAGAAUAAUCACGGAUAGGGGUACGGCUUUCACAUCAAAAAUAUUCGAGGAGUACUGUGUGGCAAACGCAAGCCAACACGUGAAAGUAGCAGUAGGUACACCGCGAGCAAACGGACAGGUAGAGCGAUACAAUAGGACUAUACUGACAGCACUGAGAUGCUCUAUAGAAGAAGACAGCCGAAGAUGGGAUGAAAAGUUACCACAAAUACAAUGGGCUUUGAAUAAUACACAAAAUACCACAACGAAGCGAAACCCAAGUGAACUAGUCAUGGCUUACUGCCCCAGGGACGUACACCAAAAUAUAAUCGCGUUAAUACUCCACGACGAGGACGAUAAUAGGACGCAAGGAGUUGACGAAAUAAGGCGCAAAGUCACAGAGGAAACGAUAAGGGAACAACAAAAGCAAAAAAAGUAUUACGAUAAAAAACGCACGGUACCCCAGACCUAUGAAGUGGGCGACAUGGUAUUAGUAGAGCGUGACCUAUUAGCAACCGGAGAGAGUAGGAAGUUGGAGGCGAAAUAUAAGGGACCAUAUUGGAUCGUAGAAAAAUUGCCAAAUGACCGAUACGUAAUCGAAGACAUACCAGGAGCCCAAAGAACCCAACGACCCCUAAGAACGGUAUACGCAGUCGACAGAAUAAAGCGAUGGGGAAAACACCCAAUGUUAGAAACAGAUGAGAUCGAUGACGGCUACAUGGACAAGGAGAUCGCUAGGGACAGCGAUAUAAAUGUGGUGUCCGAUUGUAAUCAGUAUUUCGAAACUCACAGGAUAACCCUGCUUCGAAAAAACGAUAAGAGCGAUAGGACCGAAGUAGCGCGGUGAGAAAAGGGAUUAGUAAAACAGCGAUAGCAAGCGAAGGACGUGUGUACGAUAUUUAGCUCCAAAAAUAAAUUUUACUGUUACACUUAAUUCUAAAUCACUAUGGACUAAUUAAACUCUAUAUUUGUGUAUCCCUGUUUGCCACAGCUGCGUUAAAAGCUAUAGUAGCAUCCUUUAAGGCUGCCGUAGAUUCUUUAUGCACUUCUAUUUGAGCUUUAGAAGCUACAGUAGCUUCUUUCAAUGCUGCCGUUGCCUCUUUCUGCACCUCAAUUUGAAUUGUAAUUAGAUUAAGCAGCUCCUGGUUUUGGCGCAGCACUUCUUCCGUAUUUUUCCGCUUGAUGCGUUUUUUUUAACUUGGGGCUCUGUAGCGAUCUCAUCCUUGGGUUGUUCCUUGUUGAGCGUGUAGCAUACAGGUUCUACACAUUGUAACGCAUUCGACAGCGAUGAACAUAUAGGUUCUACACAUUGUAACGCAUUCGACAGCGAUGAACAUUUAUAGUACCGCUGUAACAAGAGGUUUGACACCUUUGUAAACUAACGCGUGAAUACUGAUCGUAAGCGUAUAAGAACGAAUGAAAAGACAAUCUAACACAUUCAUAGUUACACUUGGGAAAAUGAGAUAACUAGGAAAACCACUAACCCAAUACACUUACAGCAGCAAUAAUUGCGAAAGUCACGUACGCACAAAUGAGUAGGAAAAGCAGGAUAGAUAAAUAGGUUUAGGUUUAGCUAAGCAGGAGGGCUAAAUACGCCCAUAAGGAUAAUGCAUAAAUUUGCAUAUAAAAGGAGGCUCGCGCGGAGCCAAGAAAUAGUCCAAGUAAAAAUAGUCCAUAUAUAGAGUCCAACGAUCUAAAAAUGUAAAAGUAAAAACUAGUAAAAUAAAUAAGUGCUACAAGUUUAAAACAGUAAGAAACGGUGUUCUUAUCUUAUAUUCCGAAGAGGUAGGAUCAACCGCUACGCAAGGCUACACCGCAUAUCACAAGCGUUUGUUGUUGUUCGCUACUGUUAACAACGGUUUGUUCGAUGCUGGGGGCUGGUCUCACGUCAAAUGAACGUGCCGAGUUGCCUGAAGAUUGAUCUAUGGUUGCAUGAAGAUUUAUUAAAUUGGCAACUCUCUCUUCCUAAGAAGAGGGGUUAAGUUGCCGCCACCUGUCGCCAGCAACGACGCUUUGUUUGCUCGCAGCUUCUUUUUCAUCGCGCACUUAUAGUCGAACCAUACCUUUAAAACAAAAAAAACAGUGUUAAAAUCAAAUCAAUCAAUCUUCCUCCUCGUCCUCUUGUUUAUUUUAAUGUAGAUGAAUUCUUAGAUCAAACACCCCCUUCUGUUUUAUUUAUUCCUCUGUUACACACUUUUUUGAUUAACUAAUCAUAGAUUAAUAACAUGUAGCUUUAUUUUCUUUUUUAUGGUAUAUUGGUGGUGGUAGCAUUGUGGUGAUGGAAGAAAAAACAAAAUCGUUUGCACAUAGGAGACAGUGCGGAAGGCAGCAGGACAAUCUAAGAGGGAUGGAACGAGAAACCCACAAUUAGAGGAAAGCUACACGACGACGUACGCCUACGCAUGGAAUGAAGCAGUUUUCCACGUUCCGGCUGGGAUCAUAUCAGGUCGAGGAGGGUUUAGUGGGUAAGGCAUCGAUCGUAACUCUUGUAUCGAGUGAUUGCGAUCGAUGAAUCCCACACUACCCUUGGAUGGAUGGUUGGUUUUCGGGUGUCUUUUGAAGAUUUCCCUCCUCGUAAAAAAAAAACCUUAAUUAAGUACCUUAUCCUACUCGUCGAAUAUUUAACAAACUUACUUACUACAUAUUUUACGCUUAUGGCAUCUAGACUUAUUUAAAAACUUAUUCUUAUAUACAUUAUCGCUAUGAUGUAAAAUUAAUUGCAUCCAAUUCUUUAAAUCUAUAUCACUGCAGUUCCCGUCUAAUUCCUUAAUCACUAGUAGUAUAUAAAUAUAUUUACAAAGCGCUAUUUUAAUCUCUUUUUUACCCCUUCCUGUCCAUGAUAACUUGACUAGCAUUGUAGGUCCUAUAAUUAACUUAAAACUAUCACACGCGCGUUGCUUAUUGUCGCCAGUUGCUACUUUAGAUUUCAUCCACUGCACAAACUCAUCUCGUACUGAUCGGGUUUCUAAUUUGUUUUCUAGAGAAUUCAGCUCUUCGAUCGUCUGUACAGCGCGGAACGUUGGUCCUUGGUUCGAUGGGAUCAGGUUGAUGUUAUGUGGCUGGCUGAGGUUUGUGGUGUCCGGUGGCUGGCUGAAAUUUGCGGUAUCCUGUGGCUGGUUGAUGUUUACGGUAUCCGGUGGCUGACUGAAAUUUGCGGUAUCCUGUGGCUGGUUGAUGUUGGGGUUAUUCGGUGGCUGGCUGAGGUUGGCGAUAUGAAAAACUAAUUGUUGGACCAUUGUGGUCAAAUAGUCCACCUUAUUGUUAACGGCGUCAUUCUGCAUCUUCAGCACCGUAACAAUUUUCCGCAAGGUCCGAUACUGUUUAUCGGUUUCGGAUGGUGGAAGCAAAUUGUUGUUGGUGUCGUUUUCCCGGUUAUUCAUCUAAAAUUAGUUAGUGUAAUGUUAUACACAUUUUAGCAUCAAGCAGUCUUACUGAAAAUAAUUUAAUCUUACCUUUAAUUUGUUGUUGCUUUCAGAUAUAUAUGUAUAUUUAAUUAAACAAAUUUGCAGCACUUUUGCACUUGAACAUUGAUUGAUUGAAUAAAAAAAAAUUUCAAAUUUCUUUGAAUUUCAAUUUUGACAAUUGUUUUGAAAAGCCAGGCGAAAGAAACCAUUUAUUACCACUACAUGCAU